AGUAGUCAUAUGACCUGUAGUGCUUCUAUAUGCAGGGCAUAGACACCGCAGUUGUUGCGUGCACAGGACUUCGAGUCAAGCGUUUGAGGACAACAUUGUUGGCGCAUUAGGCUAGUUUCGUCCUCGACAUGACUAUCAUGUAUUUUGUUAGUUUGGUGGUAUAUUUCCUUGCUGUUUCGUGUCUUACAUGGGCUGACUACGUCCCUGACGAGGUAACCGGACUACCGGGAAUGUCGUUUAAACCAAACUACCGGCAAUGGUCGGGCUAUUUGAAAGCUAGCCCUGGAAAGUUUCUCCAUUACUGGUUUGUGACCUCACAGAGGGACCCACUGAAGGACCCUGUUGUACUGUGGCUGAAUGGAGGGCCAGGCUGCAGCUCGCUGGAUGGCUUUCUGUCAGAGAAUGGCCCCUUCCAUGUGAAUGAUGAUGGGGCCACUCUGUAUGAGAAUAAGUUCAGCUGGAACGGGAUCGCCAACGUUCUGUACCUAGAGUCCCCUGCAGGUGUGGGAUACUCCUACUCUGACGACCAGAAGUACAACACCGACGACGACCAGGUAGCUGAUGACAACUACCUAGCUCUGCAGAGUUUCUUUGCCAAGUUUCCAAACUUCACACAGAAUGAGUUCUUCAUCAUCGGUGAGAGUUAUGGUGGGAUCUAUGCCCCGACACUCAGCCAGCGUGUGGCCACAGGGACUGCAAAGAUUAACUUCAAGGGCUUUGCAGUGGGUAAUGGCCUCAGUAGCUAUGCCCUGAAUGACCAGUCUCUGAUCUACUUUGGUUACUACCACGGCCUCUUCGGAGAACAACUGUGGACAGAUCUGAACACAAACUGCUGCGAUAAGGGAACAUGUAACUUCUUCAACAACAGCAAGGAGGCCUGCAAGACACUGUUGAGGCAGGCCUUUAGUAUUGUGUAUAAUUCUGGGCUGAAUGAGUAUGCUCUUUACAUGGACUGUGAGGGUGGAGUCAGGGCCAGAGCCUAUGAGAGGAGCAUGAGCCAGCUCUUCAGGAACUACAGGAAGCACUGGGACACCUUCCAGCUGCUGAAGGUGCCGUCCGUCACUGGCCAAACUCCUUCUGUGGGUGAGGUCCCUCCCUGCAUUAACAGCACAGCUCAGAUGAACUGGCUCAACCAGGGUGAUGUUAGGAAAGCCCUACACAUCCCUGAUACACUUCCACCCUGGGACAUCUGCAGUGAUGUGGUGGGAGGACAGUACACCAACAUCUACUCGACAGUGAAGGAUGUGUAUCUGAAGCUGCUGUCUCUGGGUGUCCGGGCGCUGGUCUAUAACGGAGACACUGACAUGGCCUGCAACUUCCUGGGAGACAAGUGGUUUGUGGAGCAGCUCAACCAGAAGACAACCACCAAGUACCAGAGCUGGAUAUCUGAUGAUCAGAUUGCCGGCUUCUACGAGCAGUAUGGAAACAUCACCCUCCUGACUGUGAAGGGCGCUGGUCACAUGGUGCCGCAGUGGGCUCCAGGCCCCGCCUUAGACAUGUUCCAGUCCUUCCUGUCAAACAAACCCUACUGAGCAUGCUCCUGGGGCUGCUUCCAGUGUCUAAUGGAACUUGUUAGUGGGCAAGGAUGAUGGCCCAUUUUUCUCAGGGAGGGUUGGAUGGAAAAGGGGAAACAAAUGUUUUGUUUUUGUGAUCAAAUUAAAUGUUUCUGUUGCACUCCAAGUAAGCUCAGAUCAAAGCUCAACUCUGGAGGAACACAAGUGUACACACUUAUCAGUGUUGGGGUGACAGGAGUGCAAUCGGACUAUGCCAUUUCUUAAUUUCAGUAAAUGUAUAAUUUUACUUUUCUUGAGGGCAAACUUCAUAUUAAUAGCCAUAGAGAAAUGUUUUGACAUGUGAUGCACCUAAACAAUCUUCCUUUAGUGGUGCUGUGCAAUCUCUCUGGUUGGCUUUCUAACUGAUUUGCAGUUUAUUAGUCGCAUCAGAACUGUAAUUUGCCUUUUGUGAAUUUCCUCAUGCAGUUUCUGAAUCAGGGGGUUUCAAUUGUCACCACUUGGGGGAGCUGAAAUGCCAUGGAACUCAAAUGGCCAAAAGGCCAAUUAGCACUUUAAAAUAAUCGAACAUUCUUUGUCUUUCUAAUAAAUGCUUUUUAUGGAA